AGGACCUAUAUAACGUGUCACAUCCCAAGAACAAAAACACACAAUUUCCAGUUUUAGACUAAAGAAACAAGGGAACUUCCAUAUUCAAAAUGGCAAGUUCUCAAGUUCUUUCCUUGGCUUUGUUUAUCUCAUCUAUUGCAUUUCAUUUGGUUGUGGCCAAUGGUAUGUUCUCAGACCACAUGUACAUUAACUGGGGUGCUCAUCACUCUUGGAUGAAUGGCGAUGAUCUGCAGCUCGUCCUUGAUAAAUCCUCAGGUUCUGGUGUGCAAUCAAAAGGAACAUUUCUAUUCGGAAGCAUAGAAGCACUGAUCAAAUUGGUACCUGGUAACUCUGCCGGAACUGUCACAGCAUACUAUCUAUCUUCCACUGGUGACAAGCACGACGAGAUUGACUUUGAGUUUUUAGGGAAUGUAUCAGGGCAGCCCUAUAUUAUCCACACUAACAUUUUCACGCAAGGCAUAGGAAACAGGGAACAGCAAUUCUAUCCAUGGUUUGAUCCAUCUGCAGAUUACCAUAACUACACCAUUCACUGGAAUCCCACUGCAGUUGUAUGGUACGUCGAUGACAUACCAAUCAGAGUGUUCAGGAACUAUCAGAGCCAGGGAAUUGGCUAUCCAAAUGCACAAGGAAUGGGAGUUUACUCUAGCCUUUGGAAUGCAGAUAAUUGGGCAACUAGAGGUGGCCUCGAUAAGAUUGACUGGAACAGUGCUCCAUUCGUUGCUAAAUACCGCAAUUUUAGGCCAAGGGCUUGCUUCUGGAAUGGACCCGUUAGCAUCACUCAAUGCGCUGUUGCGUCAGUAAACAACUGGUAUACCUCUCCUCAAUACAGUCAACUCAGCUAUGAUAAACAAGGUCAGAUGGCCUGGAUCAGGAAUAAUUACAUGAUUUAUGACUACUGCAAAGACGCUAAGCGCUUCAACGGACAGUUUCCUAGUGAAUGUUUUAAGCCUCAGUACUGAUAACUGCAGCCAUUUCUUAUUCUGUUUCUGCAAAAAGUUUGAGAUGUUUUUUAAUUCAUAUUUCAUUUCCAUUCUUACUGAAAAAUUGAGCCCGAUUCUUUUUGAGUGAA